UAGAUAAUUUUGUAGUGACAAUGACUUUUGACAUUAAAAUGGUUUUAAAAUAUGAGAUUUGCACCGUUACUGUUCCAGAUGGUGAAUUACACAUUUUUUCUUUUAAGAUUGAUAACUAAUUACUGUUUGUUUUUGUUAUAGAACGUGUGUUGGUUGAGCAUGAUAAAGGUAACAAACAUCAAGCGAUCGUAGCUGCUAGACAACGUUACGAAUAUUCACAACUAUCAAGUAUUUAUGUAUUGAGAAUUAAACAUAAUGAUGAGCAAUUAGAAAAUUAUUUUGCUCAGUUUGGAAGUAUUAAAAAUUGUUUUAUGGACAAAGAAAAGUCAGAAUUGACCGAUGUUGACCUUCGUAAACGUGAACAAUUUUAUUUGAAAUUACAAAAUUUAUUUUCAAAACACUUUCACGGUUCAAAAUUGCAUUUAACCGGCUCAAUGGCUAAUGGUUUAGGAACGGUUUUAUCCGAUAUGCAUUUAGUUCUUGUACUUAAUGAUAUGUACAUUGAAUCACAAUCAUGUGAUCAAUCAUACAGUAGCGAUGAUAGCAUACGUAGUCCCAUCAAUAGUAAUACUAACGCUGAAAAUUGA